UUUUAGAGUUGUCAUCAAGGCAAAAACGGCAUUUACACUCUUAAUAACUCCAGUAACAUUAUUGUGCUGUCUUUCUCAAUUUCUGAAGGCGGCGACGGACACACUGCGCAUGCGCUUAAGGUUUGUUUGGGUUCGGAAUACAUACAUGUAAACUAUUAUAUGCGAAUUGUAUUGCAAAGUUUCAGAAUCUGACAUUGGAUUGGAUUCAUUACGAAUAUUAGUGCAUGUAAACAUCCAGUAGGUGGCAGCAAUACACUAAAGGGGUUUCUAGUUUGCCAUGUAAAUCCAAAAGAACAAAUAGAGGAUACGCUGAAGAGAGUGCUGAAUGUUUGAAGCCCAGUUCAAGUAUUUGUUGAUAUUAAUCGACGACUGUAACGAUCGUGUAGGAAUUUGAAUGGACAGUUGUGGAGUAUUUUCGCCGGAUGCUGUAUAUUUUCAGUCUGUUUGUUGUUUCCACACGUGAGAGAUGUUCCCGAUGUUGACAUGAACCAGUUUGAGAGAUGAGAUCCGGUCCAGUUCACACCUGCAGUGAAUCCCCUCCUGCAACAAUUCACCAAUAAAUACUGGGAAUAUUCACAUCAUCCAACAAGAGAAGGACAAACUCCAGGUGUAGCAGCUGAAAUCUGUGUGACUGUUAAAGAUGGAGUUUAUUAAAGAGGAGAUUGAAGACAUGAGUGAUCCAGAACCAUCCAGAAUAAAACAAGAAGAAACUGAGGAACAAAUAGACCAAAUGGAAGUGAAGGAGCAAAACCAGAAACUGAAUGAAGUAAAAAAGGAACAUGACUUCAAAGCUCAAAAGAGUUUUUCAUGGUUGAACAGUUUUUCACAGCACCAGAAAACACAUAAUAAAGUGAGAGAUUAUGUGUGUUUGGACUGUGGGAAGAGCUUUACUGCGGCUGCCAAUCUGAGACAGCACAAAAGAAUUCAUACUGGAGAAAAACCUUACAAGUGCUCAUAUUGUGACAAGAGUUUCACUCAGUCUGGAUCCCUGAAAUUACACGAGCGAGCUCAUACUGGAGAGAAGCCGUACAACUGUACUCUGUGUAUAAAGAGUUUCAAAUGUAAAAUCAAUCUCAAGUAUCAUCAUCUGCGCGUUCACUCUGAAGAAAAGCCAUUUAACUGUGAUCAGUGUGGUAAAGAUUUCAAAAUGUCAUCAAAUCUAAAAAAACACCUGAUAGUUCAUACAAACGAGAGGCCUUAUGCAUGUUCAUUUUGUGGAGAGACUUAUUCACGGCUGGAACAUUGUAAACGGCACCAGAAAACACACACCGGUGAGAAAGAUCAUGUGUGUUUGGACUGCGGGAAGAGCUUUAUUACAGUUGACCAUCUGAAACUGCACCAGAGAAUUCACACUGGAGAAAAACCUUACAAGUGCUCAUAUUGUGACAAGAGUUUCACUCAGUCGGGACACCUGAAAGAACAUCAGCCAGUUCAUACUGGAGAGAAGUUGUACUGUACUCAAUGUGAGAAGAGUUUUAGACAUUCAAAAAGCCUUCUCAGGCACAUGAAGAAAUAUCAUAAGCCGUCACAGUGAGCAACAUUUCAUUUUCAUGUCAAAUACAUUCAAGUAAAUGGUGUGAGAUGAAUAAAAUCUGGAGUGCAGUUGAAAUGUUGUCAUUUAAUUUAUCAUUUACUCAUUAUUAUUUGUUUUACAUCAAUCAUUUUAUCAUUCAUUUGUCAAUUUAUGUUUUUAUAUUACUCAUUAUUUUACUUAUUUCCUUGCUCUUGCAGUGCUUGCUAUUGUUGUUGAAUCCUAUGAUUGUGUGUUUGUUUUCGAGGGAUGUUUGUCUUUAUGAGUAAUAGAUAAGAGAAUGUUUCCAAUUCAAGGGUUUAAUGUCACAGGACAAUGUUGUGAAGCAGUAAUUUUCCAUUGUUUUUGCUUUGGUAUGAUGAUAACACUUGUUGUAUUUGAAUUGGUCAGACAAACUGAGCAUUGAAACAUAUGCAACUAAGAUUAUUCAAUAAGCUCUUGUUUUUUAUUAUCAUCACUUCAUCUCCUGCUUCUGCUAUUCCCAGUCAAACUCUCAGGCCGAUAGAAAACUGUUAAUAGAGUUUUGGGUACCAGACAGGGUUUACUGGUUUUCAGACAAAACAAUUAUCUUUUGACAGGAUCUGACAGCUGGGGUCGAAUCUGAUAUUUCUGACAUUUUGUCAGCAGGAUGUCAGCACUAACACAGUGUAAAUGAUUAUUUGUGUCUCUGCUACUUGGUAAUUACCUGUGAAAUCUGCUCAAAUAAGACAUAAUAAUGUCAUUUACUUAUUUAGUAAUGUUUACUGUAUUUUGUUCUGAUUGUAAAGAGUGACUGUAGUUAGAAAAUAAGACGCUGUAAAAUGUUAAACACUAAAAAAUAAAGUUGAUCUCUUUAUUUACAGAUGGUUUAAAAUGCCAUUAAAACUGCUGCAGUAAGUUGCAAGUGUAUACAAAUAAUACUAAUAAAAAAAUAAUAAUUACGACACAA